CUGGUUAUUGCGUCCUAUGGGCGUGUAUAAUUUAUGACAUUUUUCUUUUCAGCACUGUGUCCACACUUCCAAGAAAGGGAAGCUUUACUGCAGGUAGUAGGCAUUAAAGGAAAGAGAUGACACCGAGUUACUUGUUGGUGAGCCGAGACGCGCCAGUUCUCCUGCCUCCCUGGCAUGGCUGUGAAGAGCAGGGCUUCUUAGUAGUCAGGUCUGGGUUCGAGUCCUGGGGUUGUACCCUGGGAAUCCGUAUGUCCCAUCGUCCUGUGCACAGGACGCCUGUGAAGACCUGCACCCCUUUGAAGUAACGACGCUGAAAUAUUCACAGACUCGAGAACUGGGAACUUUGCGGGGUAAUAAACUGCAGGACCUUGAACAAGCUACUUCACCCGGCUAACGAGCUCCACAAAGCGGAAUGCCGAAGGCGCCCGGCCCAGCGAGCUGUCCGUGGGAUGAAAGCCAGAUGACUGGCAGCUCCUCCGUUUGUUGGCUGUGCGUGUAACACCGGCUUGGGAAGAUGACAGUAGGCAGCUGGCGGUGCGAUGCGGGCAGUGAACCUGCUGUUGACCAGGCUCGUCUCCCGCGAGGACAGAGCUACCAAGUGGAGACCGGCCUUCUGUGCCCGCAAGAGCGGUUUAUCCGAGUGAGGGAACAGCGUGCAUUCACGUGCGUGAGCGACGGCCACCCGACACGGAGAACCAGACAACACGAGUGGGCCAACGAGCUUCCCGCGGGCUCGGGAGGAAGGGGGAACCGGAAGUGGCACCUGCCGGGAGAAGAUACGUCCAAGAAUAGAAAGACCCUCCAUGCGCCCAGUUAAAAUCUGCAUUUGAGACAGAGAGUUCUACGCAAGAAGCUGAAAUGCCCAGUGAUUUCUGGCUCCUCUCCCCAUUUCCUGAGCCUUCCUGCCUCUCUGCCUGAUUCAAAUGAUAGGCUGUUCAGAGGGACCCCUUAACCGAAGGCGUUCCUCAAGCAGAGGCAUCUAGGGGGUUUGCAUCCGGGAUCCGAGAUGGCCAGCCAGCCGCCCGAGGACACUGCUGAGUCUCAGGUGUCGGACGAGCUGGAGUGCAAGAUCUGUUACAACCGCUACAAUCUCAAACAGAGGAAACCCAAAGUGCUGGGCUGCUGUCACAGGGUCUGUGCCAAAUGCCUCUACAAGAUCAUCGACUUCGGGGACUCCCCACAAGGGGUCAUCGUCUGCCCCUUCUGCAGGUUUGAGACCUGCCUGCCGGAUGAUGAAGUGAGCAGCCUGCCAGACGACAAUAACAUCCUUGUGAACUUGACUUGUGGAGGCAAAGGGAAGAAGUGCCUGCCAGAGAACCCCACCGAGCUGCUGCUGACGCCCAAGAGGCUGGCCUCUCUGGUCAGCCCCUCGCACACGUCCUCCAACUGCCUGGUCAUAACCAUCAUGGAGGUGCAGAGAGAGAGCUCCCCGUCCCUGAGCUCCACGCCCGUGGUGGAGUUCUACAGGCCCGCGAGUUUCGACUCUGUCACCACUGUGUCGCACAACUGGACUGUGUGGAACUGCACGUCACUGCUGUUCCAGACAUGCAUCCGGGUGCUGGUGUGGCUGCUGGGCUUACUGUACUUCAGCUCCCUGCCUCUGGGGAUCUACCUACUGGUGUCCAAGAAAGUCACUCUGGGAGUGGUCUUUGUCAGCCUGGUCCCUUCGAGCCUGGUCAUUCUCAUGGUGUAUGGCUUCUGCCAGUGCGUGUGCCAUGAAUUUCUAGACUGCAUGGCACCUCCUUCUUAACUGAUAUGCAAAACCCAGAAACUUGACACAUGCUGCUGAGUUUGAAGCUAGGGAGUUCAUGAUUUAGUCUCUCUUCCGUUCUUUACGUUUUGUGCCCCAGGACCUUUGACAAAGCCCUGGAGCCCAUGUUGGUGGUCUGUGUCCCAUCAGAAUGUUGGCUUGAUUGCCUUUCCUGUAUGCUGGAGGUAAAAAUGUUCACUUGUAUGCAGGGGUUAGCAGAGAGGCAAAACAAUGCAGAGUAGCCUAGAGCAAGGGCAGUGUUUCCAGACAGACGUGGGGUGGGGAGCCGUGCUGUGGGAGACGUUAGGGAUGGGUCCAUGCCUCAUUUCACCCGGGGCGGGGUGGGGAGGCUGGUCUCCUAUGGCAGGUGCACAGGAGAGGAAAGCUGCUCCGUGCUCCUGCUGGGAGAGCCCCCUUGAGGCAGCUUCAAGUGUUUUCUGGGCCCCUGUUGCUGUGUGUGGGCUCUGCCUCUCCCGUGGAGACACCUGUUCCCUCCCGUGCCAACAGGAAACUCAGCCUGUUCCCUGGGGUGGUUUCAGCUGAGUACCUGUUUUUCCACAUUGCUAAAGAGAGGAAAGAGCACCAAGGAACUGGCCUCACCGUCCGCUGUACUGCACAGAUGGCCGCUUGUCUUGGAGACACACGGCUGCUUCCAUGUUGGUUUUUCCUCUUCCUCUGACUUCUCACAAGAAGUGAGCAGAACGAAGUUCCCAUAGAACAGUUUUAGUUCAUGGAACUCUUCUUCGAGCAUUUCCUUGAACAGUUUGGUUUAGUUUUUUUCUUUUGGAACCACAUUGCUGAGUAAGCCCGCUCCUCACCCCAAAUGAGGUUCCAUUUACAUUAGCGGCUGUGAGUUCGGGAGUAUUGUCUUUUUUUUUCCCCCAUCACGUUUUAAAGUCAAUGAGGACUUGGUUAACUGAAUCCCAUCACAGUUUUGGGGGGAUGCUGGCAGGGAGGGCCCAGAAACAGUGAAUGAGCUGCUCAGGUUCACGGUUCCAAGCGCUGGGCACCUGCGUGUUGCUGGAAGACAGUGAGUUAGGGUUGUGUGCAAGACCGUGUGUUGUGGUUGUAGUCUGGACACCAAUGGGCCCCUGGCCUGCAUUACCCUUCCAGAGGGGCAGAGUGCAGCUCAGUGUGCUCCUGUCCCUGCUGUCUUUGGGUCAGUCCUGGAACGGAUUCAAGUUCUGACAUCAGAACAUAAACCUAUGUGGCUGGAGUUAAUAGGUCUCUUCACGAUGUAGAAGUUGAAUGUAUAUAUUUAUGAGAAGAAAUUGUUUAGCAGGUUUUAGGUUCAGGGGAGUUAGAAUGUUCACAGAAACUACGAAAAAAAAAAAAAAGGUUUAUGGCUCCUACAGUCUGCAUUAUUAACAUGAAAAUAUUUGUAACUCUUAGAAGGGGAUAUUACUAAGACUACUGUACCUUGUUUGUGAUGAAAUAUUUGUUGUGUGCUGUAGUUGCAGUGGGCCACUUUCAAUCUUAUGGAGGUGAAGUUGAUGCAUAUCUAGAGUAGCAGUUUGAUUUUAAUUGUACAGCAAUUAACUUUGAGAAUGUGAGCCCAAGGUAAGUGUGAUGAGCAAGUGGAUGUGGGAUGGAGUCCAAGGAAUUUAAGCCCCACGAUACAGCUAAAUACAUUUAUGAUUCCAUAAAGUCUAGUUUAGAUAGCAUUACGGACACAGUUUCCAGAAAUCCAUUUGUACUUUGGGUAAAUAUAAUGUUUAGGAAAUGUUUUGUGGUUUGGAUUUAUAUAUUUAUAUUGUUUUUUAAAAAGUAUUCAUUUUAUCUGAAAUAUAGCAUCAAACAAAUUGAUGAGUUAUAUAACAAGACUUCCAGAAAGCUCUGGACACGAGUACUUGGUGUUUUGCGUCUUUGUAUAAUGUCCGCAGUGCUAGGUUUGUGUCUUUGUGUAUCGUGCCAGUCGUUUUCCUUAGUGGCCUGUAAGCUAGUUUGGUUUUAAGGAGUUUUAAAUGUGUGACAACAAAAAAUUCUUGAUGCUGUUGAAUGAACAAAGGGCAGUGCUUUAGUCUUGUAUUCACUGUGGCAAUGUUUUGUCUAUUAAAUUGUUACUAUUUCCAAACCAAAAGUUUGAUUUCUCUUACUGAUGGUUGACAUUCAGAUAUUACUUGGGACCUCUGUUAACUUGAGAAAACUACAAACGCGAACUUUCAGACGCUGGUGGAGCCAGUGCCUUCAUUAUGCACGUGAAGACCAGAACUUCUCAAUAGGGCUGACUUAACCCAUUGCCCUUGUAAAAGGCCUUCAGACUUUUCAUUUAUUUAUUUUUAAUCAGGGGAGGAAAAACUAGGUAAGAUGAAAUAAAAACAUUGUCUUUAUAAAUACAUUUUUAUUGUAAUUUGUUUAAUUUGAUCUGCAGAUUUUGCCUGAUUGCUCAACAAAAUAAAGUUUGUUUUAAUUAGAGGAA